CUAGCUAGCUUCUCUUGGCAUGUUUACACAGAAUGUACAGCCAAAACACAGAACAAAAAUCAUUUGGGGCUCCAACCAGCCCACGGAUCUCCUUCUCCAAUAACUUGGUGGAAUUCAUUGCCAAUGGCAACAACGCUCGUUCUUCUUCCCAUCAUAAUCUUCAGAUGAUUAAGAACGAGAGGUACGCCGCCGCCCCUGUAUCUUCAGACUUUGAAUUCUCAGUCGCCAAUUCCUCCCUGAUGAGCGGCGCCGAUGAGCUCUUCUCUAAUGGAAGGCUUUUGCCGUUUAAACAAGCUGCAGCCUACUCCGGCAACCACCACGGCCGGAAGAACACUCUCAGAGACGAGCUGCUUGCCCAGGAUGAAGACGAUGAUGAAGAAGAAGGUGAUUUCUCUCUAAGGCCGCCCAAAAGUUCUAACAAGUGGAAAGGACUUUUGGGGCUCAGAAAAUCCCAUAUUGGGUCCAAGAAAGUUGACAAGAAUGAGGAAAAGACUGAUGAGAUUCAUGGCAGCAAGACUUCCCAGGAAACAUUGCAUGGUGGAGGAGCAAGCAUUGGUUUUAAAGGCCGAAUUUGAUGGGUUCUUACUUUGGGUAGUAUCAGUGUAAUUGCAGUCCUGCAGGAAAUGGGAUGACUUGUGUUUUUACUAGCAAGUUUAGGUAAAAACAUUUGAUCUUCAUCGGAUCAUGUUAGUGGCUAAUUGAUGUCAGAUUAGUAUGGUGGUGUAGUUCUUAAAGCUCUUGACCUUCCUUAAUUUCAUCAAAACCUUGUACUGCACUUGUUCAUUGUAGAGAUUGUCUGAUCUUAUUGUCAUGUUAAUGCUCA